AUGGACGCGUGGCCGAAACUGCGAAUAUCUGAACGUAUUGUUGAAGAAGAGCUGAGAGCUUGCCACAUUCACGGUAGCCCAGUUAUAGAGUCAACGUUGGUGGACUGCGAGCGAUUCUCGAAAUGGGAGCGAAUGGCCAGGGCUACAGCCUACGCGUACAGAUUUGUGACUAACGUUAAGCGGAAGCCUCACGGUGAAGUGAGAAGUUUUGGAUACCUCACACAAGAAGAACUUCGGAAGGCGGAAUCGAUCCUAGUUGGAAUGGCGCAACGACAGACUUAUCGAGAGGAAAUAGAAGUCCUCAUACAUAACCGAGACCGGCCAAUGGCAGAGCAGCAGUCUCUAGAUACGCGUAGCGCGUUGUAUGGUUUAACACCGUUCGUUGAUGAAUCAGGCGUUGUUCGAAUAGACGGACGGAUUGGUGCAGCGAAGUACGUGAGAGCUGAAACAAGGUUUCCGGCCAUUCUACCCAGAAAUCACCGGGUGACGAUGCUUCUCAUAGAUGCCUAUCAUCGAAAAUUUCAACACGCGAAUGCGGAGACGGUAGUGAAUGAGAUACGGCAAGCAUAUCAUGUUCCGCGACUUAGGGCCGUUGUGCGGAAGAUUGGGAAUGGAUGCAUAGUCUGCAAACUGCGAAAAGCAGUGCCUUUCGUCCCACGUAUGGCGUCACUUCCUCCAGCGCGCCUGGCUGCAUUUGUCAGACCGUUCACCUAUGUCGGAUUAGAUUUCUUUGGGCCGUUGGUGGUGAAGAUAGGACGCAGUAGUGCCAAGCGGUGGAUCGCCCUCUUCACCUGCCUCACUAUUCGUGCAGUGCAUUGCGAGGUGGUCUGCAGUCUUUCUACGGAUGCCUGCAUAAAAGCCAUUCGCCGUUUUGUGUGUCGUCGGGGAGCUCCAGCAGAAAUAUACUCGGACAACGGGACCAAUUUUCACGGUGCUGAGCGUGUGCUGAUGAAGGAGAUUCAGCAGGACGUUGCUGCAUCAUACACUAGUACUACAACCGAAUGGUUCUUCAUUCCACCUUCGUCGCCGCAUUUUGGAGGAGCAUGGGAACGUAUGGUGCGUUCAGUGAAACAGGCCAUGCUGGGCGCGUACGAUUUUAAUCGUAAGCUGGACGACGAAUCGUUGCGUACAUUCGUCACGGAAGCGGAGAGCAUCGUGAAUAAUCGACCACUUACAUAUCUGCCUCUGGAUGCGGAAGAGAGCGUAGCAUUAACUCCCAACCAUUUCCUCCUUGGGAGCUCGAAUGGUGUUCGACAGGCUGCCGUGAAACCUACCGUUAACUGCGACGUGGUGAGGAAAUCUUUCGAAAUGAUCAAACAGGAGCUGGACUACUUCUGGAAGAGGUGGAUCAGAGAAAUGUUGCCCACGCUAACGAGAAGAACUAAGUGGUUUGGUGAGGUGAAGAUGGUGGCAGUUGGCGAUCUAGUGCUAAUCGUGGACGAUGGAAAGAGAAACUGUUGGUGGUUAGUUGGAUUAAGUCCGGUAAAGAUACCGAAAGUUUUAAAGCUGCAUUACACCGUAUAUUGGUUUGUGCUGCUGAGAACCCGGUGUCCGGAUUGA